UGGCUUCCAACGUGACGGGCCAAUAUAACCUCACCAUCUCUCAUUCCAACGACGCCGGCAUAUUUGAGAGCCUUGUUUCAGUGUUCCUGAACACUAUGACGUCAUAUUCAGCCUUGACCUCUCGCAACGUCACCCCCAGCGUGACGAGGGAAGACGGCAUGGUUGCUGUAUCUCUAAUCGCCCAUGCCAUCUCUUGCACAGAUGGGGGAUUAUAUAGAUGCCAUCUACAAACAGCUUCUGACAAGAUCAGCAGAGAUGGUACCGUGACAGUUAAUGCCCACCCAAACAAGCCAUCCCUUUCAUUUGAUGCGGAGCUGAGAGUGGGCAGGUCAACCCUGGCCGAAUGCAGGGGGUUCGUUGGUUCUCCUGGAGGAAAAAUACUAUGGUUCUUGAAACCCGCUUCCAUGCCAAACUUUAUACAACUGAACAUUGCCAAAGACACAACUGAAAUGUUGGACUGUUCCAAUCACGUGGUUAGCAGCUUCGUGUACACCCCUGUCAUGGCUGCAAAUGGAUCCGUCCUAAAAUGUGUGUCGUCCAAUGAAAACUAUCCUCACAUAUCAGGAGAAGACAACAGCGACAGCACACAACUGCUGCUUCUGACGGGUACGGAAUGCAGAGGUAAAGCAGAUAACAGUAAAGUCAGCCACCCGUACACCUGUAACAAGUACAUACAUUGUUCUGGAUCAACACAGACUGUAAACACCUGUCCCGAGGGUGUAUGUUUCGAUUCAGUCACACAAACCUGUUUAGAUGGGCCCUGAAGAUGAACCGACCAACAUUUGCUUUAUUAUUUUGUGGAUGUCAAAAACCUGUUGGGGGAAUGUCAAGGUCACAAGUUCCCCGGAUGACAACAGAUCACCACGAUAGGUACUGGUUACUAUAUCGUCUGUGCCCCGUUCCAGGAAGCGACCUUAGUGCCAUGACUAUCUCAAGUCAGUGUUAAAGUUAGGGCGUUACGACCGUCUACGAACUAAGACAGUCUCGGAGAAGCUGCAUAUUGGGUUGCCCAAUUUUAUUUAUUUUAUAUUUUUUAUAAAACUGUAUUACUACGUGUUUGUAUUUUAUCAAAACUGUUUAUAAAAUCAUGGCAAGCGCCA